UAAUUGAUCAGCUGAUACGGCUGAUAAGCUGAUAAAAUUGUAAACAAAUUAAAGGUUUUUACCCGUGUUGUUAAGUUUUAUAUAGCAAAAUUGUAAACAAUUGUAACAAGUGUUUUCUUAAUUUGUUUUGUCAACAACAGUUAAUAAUUUUGAACCUAUAUUAUGAUGAAAUCAUAACCAGUUACCGCGAUGGAUAUAAACAGCUUACCUGUGGAAGCUUUCUUAGAAAUUCUGACAAAUACAGACGGCUUAACAUUAGGAAAAUGUCGCAGAGUGUGUAAAAAAUGGCGGGAUAUCAUAGACGGGACGGACGUGUUAUGGCAGGCAAUGUGUCGAAAAGAGUGCAAAUACCCUGCCAGGAUCGCCAAGAAAAAGGCUGGUAAUGAAUGCAAAUGGUAUCACAUAUACAAGAACAUGAAAAACUGGGCCAAAGUCACAUCAUUCGAAAGAAAAGUCCGUGAGUUUUAUAAAUUUUCGCUGCAUGAUAAAAAUCACGCUUUGGAAAUUGAUAGCAAUAUUUUGCCACUGAGGGAUACAAAUGGUGUAGUUCUUUAUGAUAUGAAUACUCUGAAAUAUAUUCCAGUCACAGUUCCGGAACGAAAAUGUUCGAAAAUAGCUAACAAUAACAACGUAACCGUUAUUAUGUUGAAGACAGAUUUGUUUGUACAAAGAACAGUUGACAACGGAACAUUCAUGACGGAAGUAGUUUUCAAAGCAGAUAAUUUCCUUCUACACGGAGACAUACUCUUCUUUUACAACAACAGAGAUGUGUACAAGUGUGAUUUAAUUUACCAAAACUUGUUAGCUGAUUUAAUUUUACACUGUGAUUUUGAUAUAAAAGAAAUUCAGUAUAAUGAUGGUGUAUUACACAUUUUUACUGAUUGUGGGCAAAUAGUCAAUGUUACGAAUGAUAAAAAAGUGUCAGUACAACCAAUCAAAAUACCAAAAGAGUGGAUAAAGCAAAUAAAAUAUGUGAGCGCAAUAAAUGAUAGAAAUUUCGUGUGUUACUCACGGAAUUUGUUCAAAAUAGAAACAGAUAAUUACGAACACUUAUAUUUAGAUUUUCCACCUAUAACGGCUUUGUUUUUCUAUGGUGAUAUAACAUUGAUUGGUACGAAAGACGGAGAGAUCCUCUUGUAUCGUCUAGCCGAUCAGAAAAGAGCGGUGAAGCCUAAGUUUGAGGUGCUUGGUACACUACCAGAUGGAAAAUUUGCCGUACAAUUGGAUGUUUGCGAAAGAAAAACCGGACCAGUAAUUGUGGCAUCAACAUUCUUUGAAAUAAUGCUUUUGGAAAUAAACUUUUUCCCACAUGAGAAAGAAACCAAGUCAUCAUAUCCGAUGAACAAAUUGUUGAUGUACAAACGUUUAUUGAAACUUCGAGAAAGACUGCAACAUCAGUGAAUUAUUUAAUGUAAUUUUAGUCACAGGUGCAGAAAGGAAGUUUUAAGUUAGCGCUUUUAUUCAGCUUAAAAGGUAUAAUAGAUUUGUAUUGAAAUGAUUUUAAAAUGAUAAGCACUUGCUUGAGCAGUGUAGGAACACUUUAAGGCGCUACAUUCAGAUGACAUGUACCUCGAUGCGGGCGAGAGGCUCACCCCGCGCGGGGCUCACCCCCGACCAGCUUGCCCCGCUAGAUCGCCGCCGCCGCGGGUUACGUGACCUCACGUAACCCGAAUAAAGUUUGCGAAUGCAAUGGAGUCCGCAUCAGAAUAUUUUAUUGUUUUGAUACAAUAAAAUAAUUUUACAAAAAAACAUACAUAAUAUAUUAAAUUACAUUAUAAGCAAUGAUAUAGUUGCGGAUGUAUGCAAAAAUUUUGUAUAAAAUGAAUAAGUUUGUAAUGGUUUUAAAAAAACUACUCGUAAUUACUUAUUCGAUUUCGUUCAAUCAAAGGUAAUUUACAUAGUAAUGUACCUAUAUCAUAUAUUUUUAGGGUUCCGUAGCCAAAUGGCUACGGAACCUAUGGUUUUCUAUAUAUGGUUUUCUAUCUUGGGUUGUCGUUGAUGUCGGCGUCGGAAUAAUGCCAUGACUAUCUAAGUCCAUAAUAUCAACUGUCGACUCCACACCAUCCGCACUUCUCUGUUCGGACAUUGUCAACGACGAUAUCGGAGACAAUUUAUUUUUCCUAAAAAUUAAUAACAAUCAAAUAAUGGGAUAAUGAUUGUGAUCGUGCCAAAUGAAGAAAGCGAAGAAAAGUAAACCCUGCGACGUCUUGCAGCUGAGGAGGUACCCUGAAUAAUACAGUUACCUAGGAGUAAGUACCUAUAGAAAAAGACAGAACAAUCAUCCAGUAAAAAGUACUGUUUCCGUAGGCAAAGACCAGGGCAACAACUAGUGACAGUAUAACCGACGGCGGCGGAGCUGUUGUUUGUUGUUGUUUUAUCUAUCUAUCUACCUACUGCCGCCCCGCCACAAGCCGGUAUCAAAUGAAAUAUUUUUCACCUUCAGUGUUUGCGGAGAAAAUCUCAGUAGGCAUCUAUAUGUCUAUCUAUUAGUAAGUGUAAUUAGUACCCACCAUCUUAAUUGUCCCAUAUGGGAAGCUCUUCCAAGUUUUUUUUUUAACAUGCUAACAUUUAACAUGUUAACAUGACGUAAAAUUAUACACCUAUUUACACUAAACGAAACAAAUAAACUGUAUUAAAAACUAACCUAAACUAUCUAUAAUAUAUUUCAGAAAGUACCAAAAAAAAAAAAGUAUCAAAAUCCACGAUCCUAAAUACCUACGUAAUAUCACCC